AAAGCCCAUGGAAGAGUCUUGAUGACAGUACACGUGUAGAGUUUUGGUUGGAAGAAAAUCUAACGGUUGGUGGAGAACGACCGUUUGGUUCCUCACCUCCCUCCCUCUCUCCCACGUUAUCCCGUCACUCUGUCUGUGAAUGCUGCGUCACCUCUAAGAAGAAGAAAAAGAUGGCACUUCCCCUUCUUCCGACUCCCAUCAUUCCACUUCCCAAGCAACAACAAUCAUUCCCUUCCAAUAUCCGCCGCAGAGCUACCACGGUGUCGGCGGAGCUCCAGACGGCGGUUGUGCGAACCGGUGGAAUCGAUUACCAGUUUCCGUCUGUUGAUGCUCCCACUCAUAAGGUCACAGUCCACGACAGACAGAGAGGAAUCGUUCACGAGUUUGUCGUACCUGAGGACCAGUAUAUAUUGCACACUGCUGAGUCCCAGAAUAUUACCCUUCCGUUCGCCUGCAGGCACGGUUGUUGUACUAGCUGUGCUGUACGUAUAAAGAGCGGACAGAUUAGACAACCAGAGGCACUUGGGAUAUCUGCCGAAUUGAAAGAGAAGGGUUAUGCACUUCUUUGUGUGGGCUUCCCAACCUCUGAUGUUGAAGUGGAAACUCAAGAUGAAGAUGAGGUGUAUUGGCUUCAAUUUGGACGUUAUUUUGCCAGAGGACCAGUGGAAAGAGAUGACUAUGCCUUGGAGUUGGCCAUGGCUGAUGAGUAAGCAAUGUAAAUAUCUGACAAUUAGUGGAGCAAAGAAUGUGAAUAUUCGGUUUCCCUUCUUUUCUCCCUUUUUUUUCAUGUUUCUACUUUGUGUUCUAGUCUUGGUUUAUUCACCCCUCCCCCCCUACAUAUAUGCAUAAAGCAUCGCCCCUAAUUUUUGUUUGAAAUUGAAGAUAGUGGAUUUAGUUAGUUCAAUCAUUUUCUCUUGUCAACUAAAUUCUGUUAGACAAGUUAACAUGGCAUGUUAAGUGUAUCAAUAUGAGGUGGAGAUUAAAAUGACAUUUGAAAUA